AUGUCUUCCGAGGACAAGUACGAAACGUUGGAGAAGAUUGGCCAUGGCUCGUUUGGCAUCAUCCGUAAAGUCCGCCGCAGAACAGACGGCUUCAUCAUGUGCCGCAAAGAAAUCUCCUACCUCCGCAUGUCGCAAAAGGAGCGCGAGCAGCUCCACGCCGAAUUCCAAAUCUUGUCGCACCUGCGCCACCCCAACAUCGUCGCUUACUACCACCGAGAACAUCUUAAAGUCAGCCAGGACUUGCAUCUCUACAUGGAGUACUGUGGCAAUGGUGAUCUGGGUCGUGUGAUCAAGGACCUCGCUCUGAAGGGCCAGAGAGCUCAGGAAAGCUUUGUCUGGAGCAUCUUCAGCCAGUUGGUCAUGGCUCUCUACCGGUGUCACUACGGUGUCGACCCCCCAGAGGUUGGCUCCAAUGUUCUCGGUUUGACACAAGGCAAUGCUGGACCCAAGGUUCCGGCUGGAACCAUGACUAUUCUACACCGUGAUUUGAAACCUGAAAACGUAUUCCUCGGUGAGGAUAACUCUGUCAAGCUCGGAGACUUUGGUCUGUCCAAGAUGAUCAAGUCCCACGACUUCGCCUCGACUUAUGUCGGUACUCCUUUUUACAUGUCUCCUGAGAUCUGUGCUGCCGAGAAGUACACUCUCAAGUCCGACAUCUGGUCAUUAGGCUGCAUCAUCUACGAACUCUGCGCACGCGAACCUCCUUUCAACGCCAAGACGCACUUCCAAUUGGUGCAAAAGAUCAAGGAUGGCAAGUUCCCUGCCUUGCCCGAUGUCUACUCUCCCGAGCUUUACCAGGUUAUCAAGGACUGCCUCCGCGUUAACCCUGACCGACGACCCGACACUUCGGAACUCUUGAACCUACCAGUGGUUAAGCUGAUGAGGAAGGAGAAGGAGGUUGUUGACCUGAACAAGUCCAUUCGUCUUAGGGAAGACGCUCUCCGUAAGAAGGAAAGGGAUCUUAACGAGAGACUUGCCAACAUGGAGAGGGAGAAGGAACAUAUCCGAGAGGAGCUGGACUCAUCACUACGGAGAGAAUGGGAGGUCAAGGCACGUCUCGAGAUCGAUCGUCUCGCCAACGCAGAGAUUGAGCAGCUCCAGAACCGAUUCGAGGAGGAAGUUCAAGCGCGCGUCGAGGCCGAAUUGCAGAAGAAGGCAGCAUCAUAUGCCAGCUCAAGGCCUAACAGUCGAGAGGAUGAGUAUGCGACGUCGAUGGGCAAGUCGGAUUCCAAGUCCGACUACCCUCACUCAUCUGUCGGUGGUAGCGAAGUUGAGUUUCCCUCAACAACGGAUCUCACCGAGUACUCCAUCGAUAGCCCCGAGGCGACUCGAGAGACCAAGAAGACGGCUCGCACACCUUUUAGCCGUGCGCAAACAAUGUUUGUGGGCGCUGGGACCCCCAUGGAUAUUGAGAUGAACUCACCCAGCCCUAUUGCGAUCGCAUCGCUUUCUCUCUCACCGCGUCGCAACGUGAACACCAAGGCGCCUACUGCCACAUCUGGCAACAUAUUCGCUGUUAAUGCCAACCGAAGUGCUGACAACUCUCGAUGGGAUCUUCCUCGCGAUACCUUAUCUGAUUCUGAGGAUGAGGACAUCAUGCCGUCGCCUACGCGCAACAUCAAGUCUUCCAAGAACCCCUUCACUUCCAAGACUCGUCCUGUCUUGACCUCUCAGAAGUCAGCCCCCAUUAACCGUCUGAAGUCCCAGCCUUCAACAUCGGGCUUCGUUUCCAAGCAGGUUUCCCAACCUGAAGCUCCUCGGUCACCCACUCGUCGCCUGAGCAAGAUUCCUUCAGCGGCAAAUCUCCAGGCUGAGAGCAACAACACCAACGGGGGAGGUUUGACACGUCAAAACUCCCUCGGCAGGAAGAACAACCACUCAGACGAUGGCUUGAGCAAGGUCGCUGCUAAGAACAACAUUCGAGGCCGUACCCUUGUUGAGCUCCAGCAAGCUCGUGCCGGUGGACGCCCCAUGAGCGCUAUUGUCAUGCCCAGCACAGGCGAGAACGUCAGCCCUAAGAGGGCAUUCCGGGAUCGCAUGGGCGCUGAGCGCAAGUCAAGCGGCGACGAGCCAGUCGCAGUCUGGGACCCGGAGCGAGACGAGAUGCCGAGUCCUUUCCUGGUCCGACAGCGACGUAUUGCCCGGGUGUAG